AUGCUUGCUUUGUGCUUCACUUUAUGUUCAUCUUACAAGAAGGAAAUGAAUGUUUCCAAUGGGACAGAUAAGGAACAAAAAGAAGUAGAUCCACUACACGAUGGAAGUUGCUACGUUGCUUUUGUGCAGGGGGACUUGUUCUUGCUAGAGAAUCAAAUUCCUUUACUAGUACUAAAUGUUUUGAUGAAAUUCAGGUUCGAAAGUGAAAGCCAGGAGACAGAGUUGAUUCAGAAUUUCCUUGAUCAGAAGGCCACCAUAAUGCCACCUCAGGAAAAUACGUGCACGAAUGCUGUCAAGAAAUUUGUGCAACAAAUGAUGGGACUUAGUGAUCAAAAAAUGAAAUGGAAAUUAGAUUUGAAUUCAAGACCUCCUCACCUUCUACAUCUAGCGCGGGAACAGCUCAUCGGGCCACCUCCUGAAAAAAUAAACAUGAAGAAAUCAGUCCAAUGGCAUUCAUAUCGUUCAGUAACUGAGCUCGAAUCAGCAGGAAUUCAUUUCAGACCAAGUCAAACUUAG